AUGGAAAGUGAGUUGAAAAAUUUAGCAGUAAUGCUUUUCGAUGUUGGUGCAAUUAAAUUUGGUGAGUUUAUCACCAAAGUUGGACUCAAAACACCGGUGUACAUCGAUUUGAGGGUUAUUAUUUCAUAUCCCAAGCUUCUCAACCAAAUAUCGAAUAUUCUAUGGAAGCUAGCUGAUGAUGUAGACAAAAUCGAUCAAAUUUGUGGUGUUCCAUACACAGCACUACCAAUAGCCACUUUAAUAUCAGUGGACUCUAACAUCCCCAUGCUGAUAAGACGAAAAGAAGCAAAAAGUUAUGGAACAAAAAAAUUAAUCGAAGGAAAAUUCGCGGCUGGGGAUAAUACUGUAAUUAUUGAAGAUGUGGUAACCAGCGGAAGCAGUAUUCUGGAGACUGUUAAAGAUCUCAAGCAAGAAAGUUUGAAUGUUACAGCCGCCUUAGUAAUUAUGGACAGAGAGCAAGGUGGUAGAAAAAACAUCGAAGACAGUGGAAUAAAAAUGAAGAGCUUGUAUACGAUGACUAAGUUGAUGGAAUAUCUCCAGGAAGCUGGAAAAGUAACCCAGGACACUGUAGACGGUGUUUUAAAGUAUUUGGCUGAGUGUUUGGCGCCUGUUAAGACUUUAGAGAAAGAAGGCAAUGAUCGAUUGAAGAUGGACUUUUUGUCGCGCUCAAAGCUAGCAAAGAGUCAGAUUGCAGCUAAAUUGCUCCAACUCAUGGACAUGAAAGAGACAACACUGUGUUUAGCCGCUGAUUUGACUAAAGCUGACGAAAUUGUAGAUUUAGUAAAGCUCGCUGGUCCUCAUAUAGCCGUAUUGAAAAUCCACGUUGAUAUUAUUGAAGAUUUCAAUCAAGAUUUUAUUAACCAGUUGAAAAAUUUGUCAGAGAAACAUAAAUUUUUAAUCAUGGAAGACCGUAAGUUUGGAGAUAUAGGCAAUACAGUUUCAUUACAGUACUCUAAAGGUGUUUACAAAAUUGCUGAGUGGGCAGAUUUGAUCACUGUUCAUCCUGUAGCUGGUCCAGGAAUUUUAGAUGGGCUUAAAAAUGCUUUGAAAAAUAUUACUGAUGAACGAGGGAUUUUUUUGAUCACCGAAAUGUCUUCCAAAGGUGCACUCACUACCGGAGAUUACACCAAGCAGACUCUGACUAUGGCAGAGACAUCUGACCUUGUUGUAGGUCAUGUUUGUCAGUCGAAUAUUUUCUUAAAUCCUGGACUUGUUCAAUUAACACCUGGCGUUAAGAUUUCCAAAGCUUCUGACGAUUUGGGCCAGCAGUACAAUACUCCGGAAGCUGUUGUUAACUCUGGUGCUGACUUGGCAGUCGUUGGUCGUGGUAUUACCGAAGCUGCAGAUAAACUUCGUGAAGUUAUUAAUUACAAAAAUCAACUUUGGACCGCGUACAAAAAUAGAAUUAAUUAA